UCUCCCUCUCCCUCUCCAACACACAUUCAAGCUGUGAUCUCCUCUUCACUUCCCCAAAAAUGGAGGCAGAACGGAGCUUUCUGUUGAUAAUGGCAGUUGCAGCAAUGGUGGUGACAGUGGGCGGACAAGGGUCAGGGACGAAGCCAUUGGUGAAGGUGUUGAAGGGUGGACUCAAGGUGUGUGACAAAGGGUGGGAGUGCAAAGGGUGGUCCAAGUAUUGCUGUAACCAGACCGUUUCCGAUUUCUUCCAGACCUACCAGUUUGAGAACCUCUUCGCAAAGCGUAAUACGCCUGUGGCACACGCGGUUGGCUUCUGGGACUACCGCUCUUUCAUCACCGCCGCCGCCGUUUACCAGCCUCACGGAUUUGGCACCGCCGGCGGGAAGCUCAUGCAGAUGAAGGAGGUGGCAGCUUUUCUAGGCCACGUCGGCAGCAAGACCACUUGUGGCUAUGGAGUGGCGACAGGGGGGCCAUUGGCCUGGGGACUAUGCUACAACAAGGAAAUGAGCCCCAGCAAAUCUUACUGUGAUGACGACUACAAAUACACCUAUCCCUGUACCCCUGGAGUCGAAUACUUUGGCCGAGGCGCCUUGCCGAUCUACUGGAACUACAACUACGGAGAAGCUGGGGAAGCCCUGAAGGUGGAUCUGCUGAACCAUCCAGAAUACAUAGAACAGAACGCCACCCUAGCCUUCCAGGCUGCGAUUUGGAGGUGGAUGACCCCAGUGAAGAAGCAGCAGCCCUCGGCCCACGACGUCUUUGUAGGGACCUGGAAGCCCACCAAGAACGACACUCUGGCCAAGCGGAUUCCUGGGUUCGGCGCCACAAUGAACGUUCUGUAUGGCGAUUCUGUCUGCGGCCAGGGUGACGUCGAUUCCAUGAACAACAUCGUCUCCCACUACCAGUACUACCUUGACCUGAUGGGUGUCGGCCGUGAGGAAGCAGGGCCUCAUGAGGUUCUCACCUGCGCCGAGCAGGAGGCUUUCAACCCGUCAUCUUCUUCAUCUUCUUCUUCAUCUUCUUGAGCUCGAUCUUUGCGAUGGUAUUAUGAUAGUAAAAAUGCCCGUGUUCUUUGGUAUUCUAUUUUGUUUGUUAUGUACGUGAGAAAGCACAUAUUCGAGUCCAUAUGUAUGUAUAAUCUUCUUCUCCGAUUUCUCUUCAAUGAUCAGGAUUGCUUUGAGCACUUCACAAUUCUAAUUCGUUAUUUCUUGAUGCCA